AUGGCGGCUUGCGGGCUGAGAGCGACGUUAGCCUGGAAAGCAUCGCUGGGCGGGGCAAGUGGAACGUUACCCUGGAUGUGGGCGGGCCCUAGCUCGUUCCUAUUUAAAGAACCCGCACGCUGCCGCUCCCACUUUGCACGGCCACCUGGAAUCAUGUCUUCAAGCAGGAAAUUCUUCGUUGGGGGAAACUGGAAGCUGAAUGGAGAUAAGAAGAGCCUGGGGGAGCUCAUCACCAUCCUAAAUAACGGCAAAAUCCACGAUGACACAGGUAGGAGGACACUAUUAAAUCAUAUGGUGAGAUUAUAUUGAGAAUAGUGAGAUAUGCAUUAUAUUCUAUUAUAAAAUAUGUGCUGUAAUAGCUGAGAUGACCAUUCCCCAUAACACAGGGUGUACCAAACUACUGUUUCAGUGACUGUUUGCCAGCCAGGUUCAUGGGGGUUUCUAAUUACUUUACAGCUAGUUACUAGGUGUUUCCACACCCCUGCAAUAUAUUCUGAGCCAGUUGUAUAGUGAAUAUAUAGCUUUAUUAUCAAAUGUGCUCUUAUUGGAUAUAUUCUAUUACUCCAGUUAUUACAGCUAGUGUAAUCCAUUUGUGGAGUCCAUUAAUUUUAUCAAUAUCUGUGACAGGUCCAUAUAGCCAUAUACUGUUAGUCUGUUCUGACUAGGGUCCCAUAUUAAGACUGGACCAUGCCAGCAGGUUGGGUUGGCAUGCUCUCCUAUCUAGAUGGUCUGUGGACUCUGGCAGUGAAUCUGUUAAUUAGUUUGUAUUUUCCCCAACAGACUGUAAGAGCGGUUAACUGUGCUCUUGCAAUAAUGGUGCAACACAACAUGUUGGGAGAAAUGUUGAGCUACUGACAGUGUAGUGGGUACUGUCUACUACACGCUGGGUAGGUGUCACUCUAAAACAGUCCACCAACCCAAGACAUAAUAAUUAGCUAAGAGUCUUCCCCCUGACCGAGUAUUGAAACUCUGAUCUUGGGACAUGUGUGAUUUCUGCCUCCUCCUAGCAGAGUAUCGAUGCUCUGAUCCGGGAAGAUACUGGGAUACUGCCCCCUAAUCUAAAGUACUGAUGCUCUGAUCUGAGGAGACGUUGAUGUCCUGAGCUGGGGGAGACAGUGUUACUGCCCCCUCCUGGUAGAUUAAUGUCUAGGGAGGGGAGAGGGGCAUUGGGUUACUCUCUCAUGGCUAUCUAUUUGAUAGUCCUAACCUCAACAUCUGAGGAAAAGAAAUUAGGGGUGAUUAUUUCUGAUGACUUAAAGGUAGGCAGACAAUGUAAUAGAGCAGCAGGAAAUGCUAGCAGAAUGCUUGGUUGUAUAGGGAGAGGUAUUAGCAGUAGAAAGAGAGAAGUGCUCAUGCCAUUGUUCAGAACACUGGUGAGACCUCACUUGGAGUAUUGUACGCAGUACUGGAGUCCGUAUCUCCAGAAGGAUAUUGAUACUUUAGAGAGAGUUCAGAGAAGGGCUACUAAACUGGUUCAUGGAUUGCAGGAUAAAAUUUACCAGGAAAGGUUAAAGGAUCUUAACAUGUGUAGCUUGGAGGAAAGACGAGACAGGGGGAUAUGAUAGAAACAUUUAAAUACAUAAAGGGUUUCAACACAGUAGAGGAGACUAUAUUUUAAAGCAGAAACUACCACAACAAGAGGACAUAGUCUUAAAUUUGAGGGGCAAAGGUUUAAAAAAUAUCAGGAAGCAUUACUUUACUGAGAGGGUAGUGGAUGCAUGGAAUAGCCUUCCAGCUGGAGUGGCAGAGGUUAAUACAGUAAAGGAGUUUAAGCAUGCCUGGUAUAGGCAUAAGGCCCGCUGAAUGGUUUUUAUCUGCUGUCACAUUCUGUUUCUAUAACCCCCCCACCCCCUCCCAGCUGAGUAUAGAGGGCACCAUUACCAACAUGUAGGAUGUUUAAUCCGGCAUGAUGGUGCCCUGGGUAGUGACGAUGCUCACAUCAGAAGUGUGUGAUUGUAAUGGCUGCCUGUCUGUGUGAUAGUCCGCACGUACAUACAAGCUCUGCAGUUUCACAUCCUUAGACAUUACCCAUGUCCCGCCCACAUGCUGCAGCACAAUGUCACCCUGCAUGGCUUGCUAGCAAGCUCCCAUUCUCUCAACGCCGCCUCACAAUCCUCCGUCCUUUUCCCUGUUCCCCUCCCAGGAUGCAAUACUCCCUGAUACUGUAUCUGCUCCCCUCUCAGGAUUCAUUACCCCCCUGAUACUGUAUUUCUGCUCCCCUCUCAGAAUGCAAUAUCCCUGAUACUGUAUCUGCUCCCCUCUCAGGAUUCAUUACCCCUGAUACUGUAUCUGCUCCCCUCUCAGGAUUCAUUACCCCCUGAUACUGUAUUUCUGCUCCCCUCUCAGAAUGCAUACCCCUGAUACUGUAUCUGCUCCCCUCUCAGGAGAAUGCAAUGAUACUGUAUUUCUGCUCCCCUCUCAGGAUGCAAUACCCCCUGAUACUGUAUUGCUCCCCUCUCAGGAUUCUCCCUGUAUUUCUGCUCCCCUCUCAGAAUGCAAUAUCCCUGAUACUGUAUCUGCUCCCCUCUCAGGAUUCAUUACCCCUGAUACUGUAUCUGCUCCCCUCUCAGGAUUCAUUACCCCCUGAUACUGUAUUUCUGCUCCCCUCUCAGGAUUCAUUACCUCCUGAUACUGUAUUUCUGCUCCCCUCUCAGAAUGCAAUACCCCCUGAUACUGUAUUUCUGCUCCCCUCUCAGGAUGCAAUACCCCCUGAUACUGUAUUUCUGCUCCCCUCUCAGGAUUCAGUACUCCCUGAUACUGUAUAUCUGCUCCUCUGUGCCCCCACCCGCUUGCCCUUAGAAUGAGGUAACAUUGCUGGCAAGCUGAACCAUGGACUCAGCCAAUGAAUAAACCAGUCAGAUAUUUUAAGUGACCUUUAACCCUGCCUGUCUGGGACAGCUGGGCACAGGGAGACCUUCAGAGCCAUCCUAAAAACAGAUGUAACCUUUAAAUCUGCGCUGAGUGAAGGUCAUGACUUGCUAACCUUUUCUGUAAGCUGAAAAUAAACUGGGUGUCUAAAAAUAGCUGGGGGCUUGGGGACUCAGACCGGGUCACAUGCCCUUGCUGUAGAGACUGUCAUUAUAGGGGGCUGCAUUUUAUUCCUGUAUGGUGGAUUCAGUAAAAAUGAUGCUUUUUCACAGCAAGGAUACAUACCCCUUUCCCCCACAGCCAUUCUAUUGAAGAGGCUGAAUGUACAGUAGUUAUGUAACAACCAUCAUGUGGGUCAUUAUACUGCACAGUGGAUAUCUCCCACUUUACCCCUUUCUAAUAGAUCAUAGCCUUAUAAAAUGGAGGUGACCUCUGCAGUAGUAAGACGUGGAGCUCUGGGGGUAAUUCGGAAGAUUAAUCAAUGUGCUGGGCUUCACUAAGCUAUUGGCUAGGAGUUCACUAAUUUUGCAGCCAGAGGGUUAUUCCAGCUUGCAGAAUGACUUUAAAAGCCGACUGUGCUGCUAAACUGGUUGCAUGGAUUCGUAACUCAGUAGAAUUCAGCGGUUUCUUUUAAAAUUAGGCAUCUUUACCCUUGACCUAGUCUCUUAGCCUAAAUGCCUCUUGUGGUGAACAUGAUGUGAAAAGAACUGAGUAAAAAUGAUGGAUCACAAGCUAUUGAGCUCUUACAUGCAGAUCAGACUCACAAACUGGCCAGAGAUGUUCCGGUGGGCUGAGUCAGGCGAAUGAGGAGGCCAGCAUUAGACUUCCUCAUAUCAGGCUGUCUUGGAACUUUAGGCACUCAACCAAUAUGAGACAGCUCAGAUAGUUCUAAUUAAAAUGCAUGCCGUGGAGGUCAGACUCCUGGAGUUGGACAAGAGGGAUUUUGGCCAGAUUAGAAUCCCCUGCUGGCCAACUCCAUCCCAAGCAGGUGAUGCUAUUGGCUAAAUUUUGCUGAAAUGGAGAAUAGUGAUGUAUAGAUGGAUUCAGAUACUUUUUAAUUUUGUCAGUUUAUAUCAUUUUGUGUAAAUCUGCACAAUGGCAAAAAGGAAGUUUGUCCAGAUAUUAACACCAAAAAUAUAUAUUUUUGAUGGGUGACGUGAAUUACAAUUUGUUUUGUGUUAGAGGUGGUCUGUGGCGCACCUUCCAUCUACUUGGACUUUGCACGUCAGAAGCUUGAUGGAAAGUUUGGAGUUUCUGCACAGAACUGUUACAAAGUCGCCAAAGGUGCUUUCACUGGAGAGAUCAGGUAUGGAACUGUGUGGUGUUGUAAGCCAUGAACACUUGUAAAGAUUUUGUCAUUCUGAUUUGGUACUUCCUCUCCUCUGCAGCCCAGCUAUGAUUAAAGAUGUUGGGGCCACCUGGGUGAUUCUUGGGCACUCUGAGAGGCGGCAUGUGUUUGGCGAGUCCGAUGAGGUGAGUUGUGCAUAAUUCUGACAAUGACGCAAAGAAUAACCUACCCUGGUCUUCUUACAACUGAUUCUCAAUGGCAGUCUUGCAAGAUUCGUCUCUUCCAUCUCCUGUAUAUCAGUCUUGCUGAAGCUCCAAAGCUGAUCUUCCUCAAACAUUUUCUAAACAGAAAGAUAGCCAGGUAACCUGCAGACCAGCUCAUCAAAAACGUUAGCAAUAAUUUGAUGUAGAAUGGUUUUGCAAGCUUUCUUAAUGUAUUGAAAAGGUUCUUCAAUGACUGUUCAAUACAGACUGUAAACGUCUUGGUUUGUAGUGGUGAAUUACCCCACAGGACAACAGCAUCCACUGCAACUGUCAGGGUUUUCAAGGUAAAUCUUAAUCUGUACUCCUUUUUUUUAUUUUAUUUUUUGUCCUACAGCUGAUUGGCCAGAAAGUAGCACAUGCACUGUCAGAGGGUGUUGGUGUGAUUGCCUGUAUCGGGGAGAAGUUGGACCAACGUGAGGCUGGGAUCACAGAGAAAGUGGUUUUUGAACAGACAAAAGCCAUUGCAGGUGAAGUCACAGACCUCUGGUCUGUUCUUUUAACUCUUUGCAUCCUGGAUGUUUUGUUGGAUGAUGGAUGAUCUCAGACCAAAUGCAAUUCUUUAACUUUUUUUUUUUCUUCCCUUUUGUAGAUAACGUAAAGGACUGGAGCAAAGUGGUUCUUGCAUAUGAGCCAGUCUGGGCCAUUGGCACUGGCAAAACUGCCACCCCCCAGCAAGUGAGUAACUCUUUUUGUUUGUUUUUUGUGACAUUGACGGCAUUUCAUGUUUAGAGGAAUGCUAUGAGAAAGCCCUCUCCAGUAAUAAUGUAGAUCAUAUAUUCACCUAAUUUAAUUCUGCCUAUUUGCAUUUUUUAUUUUGCCAUUCUUCUCAUCACAAUCAGUGAUGUAGGUUACUUCUUCUAAAUUUAAAUGACCCUGUUACUUGGAUGGCAGCAAUAACGGUCACAUGAUAGCCUAAUGUAUAGACCAAGUCACAUGUGCCCUAUCCCAAUACCAAAUGUUUCAUUAAUAUGGCAAAAAAGUCUAUGCUUACUUGUCCACAUUCUCCAUGUGUGAGACUCAUUGUCUUUUCUUGUUGUUCUUCAGGCCCAGGAGGUGCAUAUCAAGCUCCGUGAGUGGCUAAAAACCAAUGUUUCCGAAGAUGUUGCAAAAACUGUCAGAAUCAUCUAUGGAGGUAUGUCUUGAUACACAUUUACUUCCUUGAUUCCCUCUUCCUAAAUGUUUAAGGGGUGCCGACAUGCCACCUAAAAAGGCAAUAUUGGUUUCUGUUGUGGUGGUUUUUAGGCAGUCUGCAAGCUGAUUAAUCCAUACGCUUGCUGGAGUUUGCAAAGCUAAAUGUAUUGAUUGUGUUUUGCCACAUGCCUGAAGGGUACACUGACCUUCUGAACAGACCUUUUAUAGAUACUUUAUGGUCAGGAUCUGAUGGAACAAAGCACGUUGUGGUUGGGGAUGAACGUUGAUUCUACCACCAUCUUGACUUGAUGUUGGGUAUUUUAGAUAAUGCAUUUCCUUUGUCUAAAUCCCUUUUUGCUACUUUAGGAAUAUAGCCUGUUUUAAUAUUACAUUCAAAAGUAGUUCAUUUAAUUCUUGAACCAGUUACGGGUCAGUUUCCAGAUGGAGACAAUUCACUAACCCAUAGGAACAAAUAAUGGAUAUGUUCUUCUGUUAGAAAGUAUACCCUCUAGUGGUGGAAAGGACAAUAUGAAGCCAUUUUCUUUUUAGUGCAGGAUUAGCAUGCAAAUCUACACACUGACUCUAGAACAGGAGUGUGGCUGCAUCAUUUCAUGUGAUCUUAGGUUGUUGUCCCUGAACCCAUAUGAUGGGUGUUGCUGGGCAGUCUAACAGUUUCAUGACUGUGGGUCGUAGUUGUGGCACAAACAAUUCACCCGAAAGCAGACUUUAACUAAUUGCGCUUCUCCCCUAGAGUUGUCAUAAAUUUGUAUCAGUUGUUUGGGACACAAAUAUCUUCUCUUGCCCUAGGUAGCUGCCUAUAACUUUACUAUAAGAGCAUGAAAAUGAAAAAGUUGCCUAGGAAGUUCUUGUGAAGAUAUCUGCGUUUUUAUUUUCUUUACAAAUGGUUUGUCCCUUGUAAAUAGAAGAUGUUAAGAUUUGCUGAUCUUGAUAUGUCCUAUAAUUCUUUACCUGGAGAACCAAAGAUUGGUUUUGGUUCCUCAAAUACACACAAUCCCCUCCAUCACACGACUGUAAUUCAUCUAAAUUCCUUUGCAGUAUAAACUGUAUAUGCAUAGAAAUGCUUCCAUUCAGUGAUCAGAUCAGAGAAAUUUCAAACAUCCAAAGGUUUGUUUGCGCCCCACUAAUUGUUUUGUUGCCCCUUUCAGGUUCUGUCACUGGUGGUACUUGCAAAGAACUGGCAUCACAGCCUGAUAUCGAUGGCUUCCUGGUUGGAGGAGCUUCACUGAAACCAGAAUUUAUUGACAUCAUAAAUGCCAAGCAUUAACUGUGUUCAUUUAGUGUCCCCUUUCCCAUCUCUCCUGAACGGCUUAGGGCGGGGGUGGUAAACGUUGGUCCUCCGAGCUGCAUGUCCACAACGGUUUCUUCUCUUGGUGCACGUCCAUCUGGUGUCUAGCAGCAGACUAGCGUUAACAAACCCUACCAUAGAACGAAAACAUACUCACUGUGUCUGUAGCUCAAUCUGUCCUGGGUAUUGUGUGGGGGGAAUCGAUGUUCCUGUAAAAUAUA